GGCCAAUGUCAACGACGUCCACCCACCGCGCACUUCUCAUCAAUGAGGUCGUAUUCAAUGUAGCGCGCCAAACAAAACAUGACAGGGAUCUCGCAAUGCUCGCUCGGGUCUCUCGGUCGUUCAGCGAGCCGGCGCUGGAUGCGCUGUGGUAUCAGCUGGACUCCUUCGUCCCUCUGCUUCGAUGCCUCCCUGCAGACCUAAUCGGAGAGGAUAGCAAUGGCUCAACGCUGAAAUACACACUCCAACGUCCAAUCACCGACUGCGAUUGGACUGUCUUUCUGAAGUACGCCCGGCGCGUUGUUAGCUUGAAAUGGGGAUUAGGACAAAGGACCAUCAUCACUGAUGGAAAAGAAGCCUCAAUUACGCAGGGAAUACAUCCCGAGAUCCAAAAUGUCCUCAUCACCCCGCCAACUUCGUUCCCAUUUCCGAAACUCCGCAAUAUGACAUGGGAACAUCGAGGAGCUUUCUCGUUGUUACAUUCUAUGCUGGGUCCGGAUACUGCUUGCCUCAUAAUCCGUACAGGGAACAUGCUUCUGGACAAGCUUGCUAUGAGUUUUGUUGCCGCGCUCGGAAAGUUAUGCCCGUUGGUGCGCGAGUUCGAAUGGGACAGCGAUGUUACGCUCUCUCGUCACGGACUUGACAUCUUCUCGAGUACUGCAUGCGCAUGGGCAGGACUCACCAAGCUGAACGUUCCUGCGCUCAACAACAACUCCUUCCGUCAACUUUCAUCGUCACAAUGUCUCCAAAAGCUUACUACCAGCCUCCAUGGACCCUUUCCAGAUAAUCUCCACUUUGACAGCCCUGCAUUUCCUGCCCUUAAAGUGCUCACCUUGAAGCGCAGCUCACAGCACACCUUGGCCGUCUUUGCAGACCUCAUCAAAAGAAUUACCAUGUCCCCUAUCGACCUCAGCUUUUCUGCUGACACGACGGAGGAGGUCGCAAUCACCGAACUUCUAGGGGCGAUCUCAGCUCACUGCGACCUCGACGUGCUUAGUCAUCUUCAUGUUGCAGAGGACGAUUUUCCGCUGCAAAACGGAGACCCUCGUUUCUUCCUCACGUGUCCAAUGCUUCGUCCUGCACUCUGCUUCAGAAACCUCACUUCGCUUGAUAUCAACACUGACCGGGGCAUCCAGCUUAACGACAAUGAUCUCCUCGAAAUGGCCAGCGCGUGGCCAAACCUUCAUAAACUUGAGCUGAACGCUUAUGCCGGUUGGCGGACUCGUUCACUGGUUACACUUCUAGUUUUGCGUCCCCUGCUCGCGCGUCUGCCGCGUUUGAAAUCGCUUGGCUUGGCUGUCGAUGCUGAGCGCAUUUCAGCAGAUGCUAACUCCCUCGGAGAGCUCGUCAGCGCCUCAUCGACUGAGAGCAGCCGCAGCAUGGCCAUUGGUUUCACGCUUGACCUGUUGGACUCUAGAAUUGGCUCAGGAACUCGCAUCAUGCUUGCCGUUGCGGCGUUUCUCACCGAUCUUUUCCCCAACUUACAAGCUUUCGGCUACUGGAAGCUUUUCCGUCAGACGUGGUCCCUCGCUCGCCCUUUCACCGCUGCCGACUGGAACGCGCUCUUCAAAUACUCUCGUCGUGUCGUGUCUCUAGAGGGCAUCCAACCCACCAAGCGAAAACGCGGCUGCUUCUCGAAUGGGCGAAUCCAAACGAGGGUUCAACUCAUCAUCAAUGAUACCGUCUUGACCGCACUCUCCAAGCCCCCAUUCCACCUAUUUCCGAGACUGUGCACGCUCAAAUGGCAAAGUGCACCCAGCAUGGCCUUCCCUCUCUUGAUGAGCCUACUCGGACCAUCCGUAACCCAUCUCAAUAUGCCAGCGACUCUCUCUAGUGAUCAGGCUCUAGAACUACUCAGCGCGCUCGGUCAUAUGUGUCCCCGCCUUGGCGGAUUAGGCUGCGUCGGGGAAGCCGGGUUCAGCGAGCGCCUCGUAACCAAACUUGCGGACGUCAUCGCCACCUGGGAUCACCUCCAGUCUCUCUCAGGCCUCGUUCUGAACGGAAAUGCGCUGCAGUCCCUUUCUAACUCGAAGAAGCUUAUGACUAUGGAUGUUAUCCUUGAUGGGUCUCUCCCGGCCACGGUCUUGUCGUCGCCACUUCGAUUUCCUUCUGUUGGUUUACUCUGGUUGAGUGCCCUUCCAGAACAGACACUCGCCCCGCUCACGGAUUUCAUGAACGCAUCACAGUCUUCUCCGAGUUGGCUCGCCUUAGAUGCGGACAUCACCACUGACACAGCUAUUGCAGAUCUUACAGAGGCCGUCUCGACGCAUUGCAAGUUAGAAUCCGUUGAUAUCUUUUCUGUUACAGAAGAAGUUGCGGGUGAAGCCGACGAACUAUGUGACCCAGGUGAAUUUGUACUCACAUUUUCAAUGAUCCGCCCGUUGUCCCGCUUGAGUAACCUUGUCGACCUGGACAUCAACACGGCUCGCAGCAUCAUGCUCGACGACAAAAGCUUGCUAGACCUCGCGGACGCGUUACCCAAACUCGGAAGGCUAUCUGUCAAUGAGAAUGCCGGCUGGCGCACCCGUCCGCGCACAACUAUAUACGUCCUGCGCGGGCUCGUCGCACGUCUUCCUUCCCUCACCAAGCUUGCCGUCGCAUUCAAUGCCUUAGCACUUGUAGCCCCGACUGGGGGAAUUCAAGCCAUCCCUAUAGACGUGGGUCCGGAUGCAAGGACGAUGGCCCGCAACAUGUCGGAAACGUUCAAACUCGACGUACUAGACUCGCGCGUGAGCAUGGCCAAUACGAUGGCUGUCGCGGCGUUUUUGUCGGAUCUGUUUCCGAACAUGCCCAUGUUCAAGUACUGGGACAUGGACUUUCACACAGCUGACGAAGAACUUGGCGAGGAUGAGGACGAGGAUGAGGAUGAAGAUGAGAGGUUGGAUCCUGACGAAUGGAGUGUGGAUGUGUAUCGUAGGCGGUGGGAUGGGCUAUGUGGUAUGAUGCAGUUGAUGCAGCGUGUUAGGAUACAGGAGAGGGCUCGCUGGUUGGGUACUGCAGAGGCUUGAACACAAUACGGCUGGGAGUGAGGGAGGGUUAUCC